CAAGCUAUAAAGGACGUUAUCGGUAUAUUGCAGAGGCGAGAUAAGGCAGCAAAGGGGAGGGGGAUGCCAAGUUAUAAUAAAAAGGAUAGUAUAGCUACUAGGGACUAUAAUAAGCAUAAUGCCAAGCUAAAGCAUACUAUCUGCAAAUUUUAUAUCUUACUUAUCUGCCAGACUGUCAGAAGCAGGCUAUUCUGGUUUACUAUCUUAAGCUUCUGUAUUAUACUUAGCCGGAUAAAGGCUCUAAUGCGCCAGGUAGAUAACAAGCAGCAUAAGCAGUGCAUAUAG